AUGAGCAAUAGUGAUCUGGAAAUCUGCCACCUCCAAUACGCCGAUGAUACAGCCUUUACCCUCCAAGCAGAUUUGGACAUCUUACUCAACACUAGAAGAGUCAUUUGGUGCUUCCAUAUCAUCAUUGGUCUUCACAUCAACUUUCAUAAGGGCUUUCUCUACGGGGUUGGCAUUGGCCAAUCUACUCUCGCUGACUGGGCAACAAUCAUCAACUGCAAAACUGACUCUCUACCUUCUUCGUACCUUGGCAUCCCUCUUGGUGCCAGCCAGAGUUCCCUUCAUGCCUGGCAACCGGUGAUUGAUAAACUUGAAGCUCGCCUCUCAUGCUGGAAAGCUAGAAAGCUCUCCAUGGGAGGUCGAAUCACCAUUCUUAACUCGGUCCUUUCUAGCUUGCCAAUCUAUUUUACGUCUCUAUUUCACAUUCCUGCAAGAGUUAGAGAUAAGCUUGAAAGGCUGCAACGGAGGUUCCUUUGGAGCGGAUCGUCGCCCUCGAGAAAGAUCCACCUUGCCAACUGA